GAAUUUUACUUGUGUGUGUAUACUCGUGUAAGCUGUCAGAGAAUUUUCACAUGCUGUAAAAGGAAAAAUUAAAAAUAAGAAAAUAAUUCAUUGAUAUUAAAAAGAAUAUUCUUGGUUUCUAUAAGUGCAAUUUAGUGUGCGUGGUAUCGUUAAUUAAUAGUUAUUCGUUUGCAUCGGCUUGAACCCAGAACCGCGAGUAACAAUGCCAGAAGGCAAGAAGGUUUGCGAUUUGCGUGUCUGCGACUUGAAAAGUGAGUUGGAGAGCCGGAAACUUGAGACUGUGGGUCCAAAGAGUGUACUCAUUGAACGCCUUGAGAACGCUCUUAAGGACGAGGGGAAGGACCCGGCAACCUUCCUUUUAACGCCGGGUAUCAAGGCAAAGAUUAUUGAGGACGAAGUUCAAGUCAAAGUGGAGCCUAUCGAUACUGUCGAAGAUGAGCAAGAGCUACAGGCUCAUGAAAAUGGUAGUGAAAAUUCUCAUAAUGGAGACGAUGGCCAUCAGAUAGAUCAAGUUGGAGACGUUGAUGAUGUUUGCGUCAUACUCGAUGAUGACGAUGAAGUCGAGGAGGGUGACGAGCAAUACUAUGAUGGUGAUCAGGAGCAAAAUGGUAAUGGCGAUGCCCAGGACAAUGGUUCAACCAAUGCCGAUGAAGGCAAUGGAGACAGCGCUGAUGUAUCUGCUGAUCUCCAGGAAGAAGAGGACAACACUGGUGACACAGUUAAUAUGGACAAUGAUGAGUCCAUCAACUUGACUAUUGGUGAAGAUGAACAAAAACUGCUGCACGAUGAGGCUCCGGAUGAUAAGUCUGUUAAGUCGGUUAAACCGUCAACCAAAAAUGAGAAAUCUGGCAAUAAGGAGACCAAUAAAAAGGAUCAUGAUGAUAGUGCUCGCUCAAAGAAGAAAGAUGACAAGUCAGCUGAUAAAAAGGACACUAGCCACCAGAAGUCGUCGUCGGCCUCAAAAUCAUCGAACCAAAAGGAUGACAAAGAGAAAUCAUCGACAGCAUCAGCUACUGUUGGGACCACAUCGUCAACGUCAACAUCGGAUGCCACUGCUAGCAAAUCCGGAGCCGGCACUGGUGGUACAGGUGGCUCUGGAACUCCAGCCUCAUCGACUAAUAGCAAGCAAGGCACAUUGUCUCGCAAUCUUUGGGUAUCAGGUCUAUCCACUCUAACGCGCGCUAGCGAUCUAAAGGCAAUUUUCUCCAAGUUUGGUAAAGUGAUUGGAGCCAAAGUGGUUACUAAUACCCGUACACCGGGUACUCGCUGCUAUGGCUAUGUGACCAUGUCCUCAUCCGGGGAUGCUUCACGAUGCAUUGAGAAUUUACAUCGCACUGAACUGCAUGGUCGUAUCAUUUCGGUGGAACGCACCAAGAACGAGAUAGGGGGCAGUGCCAACUCCAAGGAUGGCAAAGGUAAUAACAACAAGUCUCAGCAGGACAAGCAGAAGGAUGACGACAAGAAGGGUGGUGGCUCCAAUGGUGACAAGAAAGGCGGUGUUGGCGCUGAUGGGGACAGCAAGGAAACCAGUGGAGGCAAUAACAAUAAGCGUGAUGGGAAGGACAACAAAGAUCAUCUGCAGCGCAACAAGCGCCACAUCAACGACAAGGACAAAUCGGCUGGCGACAAGCAACGUCAUGAUCGUGAUCACCGUCAAGGCAAUGAUCAACAGCGACCACCUCGGAAUCCCCGCGAUGUUGAUCGCGAGAUCCAGCAGCGUCAACGGGAACGUGAGCGUCGUCAGCGGGAGAUGCUCUCCUAUCAGAAGAUCCGUGAGGAACGCGAGCGCCAGCGUUUGCGUGAGCGCGAGCGUGAGUUGCGUGAAGAGGAGCGCCGUCGUCGUGAGGCACGUGAGCGUCAACGUGCAGAAGAGAAGCUACUGGCUGAGGAGAGACGUAAACUGGCCCUCGAACGGGAGCGCUUGGAGCGUGAAAAAGCCGAAUUGUUGCGCAUGGAGCGUGAGCGCCAGAAGCUGGAACGCGAGAAAAUCGAACUGGAGCGCCUCGAAUUGAAGCGUCAACAGAUGAAAAUUAUGGAGUCUCGCGAGGAUCCUGUUAAGCGUGCUGUAAGCAAACGCUCUGAUGAUCGUUAUGCCGAUGUAUCCGAUCGUAAGCGUUCCGUGGUCUUUGAUGCUCCACCACCACCAAGAUUUGAUGCCAAUCUAGUCAGCUCUCGCAGCACUUACGAAAAGAAACAUGAUGAUUAUGGCUCUUCAUCCAGCACCAAGCGUGCCCUAGAUGACUAUUCUAGUUCAAACAAACGUAUUGAAUACAAGCGCAAUGACUAUGGUAGCUCCGUUGGCUCUAAGCGUGGAGCUGUUGAUGAUUAUACUGCUGUGCCCAGCAAACGCUCUGGCGGCAACGAUUAUAGCUCAUCUAGCUCCAAGCAUGACUACUCGUCGACAUCGAGUAAACGUGAUGACUAUAAACGUGAUUUGGAUGUGCGUCAUCUGCCAAUUUCAGGCACUGCAGGAGGUGGCUCCAGCAGCUCUUAUGUGCAUAAAAAUACCACCAGUGGUGGAGGAGGCGGCGGCGGUGGAGGCACCUAUGUCCAUAAAAAUAACACAAGCACCAGUAGUGGCGGUCGCUACACCGACUCCGAUCGCAGCAAUACUUCUAGCUAUAGACGUGAUGAUUCUCACAGCAUGACCACUCAUGGCAAUAAACGUUAUGAUACUUCAACCAGCAGCAGUGGAGGUGGCUACACUAGCAACUCGAGCAAUGUCAACAUUUGGGCUCCCUCCUCGGGCAGCGGCGGUGGCGGUGGUGGCUCUCAUUUGAGCAGCAGCGGCGGUGGCAAUCCCAUGAAAUCGUAUGGAAACAACGGCAUGUCUUCAAAUGUGCACGGUAACAAUUCUUGGCAGAAGUCAAACACCAUGGAUGACAACAAUUGGCGUCCCGUUCAGGCUCAAACUCGCUUUGAGCGUGGCUACAAUGAUCGCUCUAGCGGCUAUCAGGGUAGCGGCGGCGGCAAUGGUGGAACUGGAGGUGGCAUGUAUGGAGCCAGUCGCCCUAUUCAGGAUCGCUAUGGCGGACAAGUGUCACGCUAUUAGUUUAGUUUCCAAAGGAAACUUUCCACCUUCAAGGACACCAAUGCAUGAUGAGGCAGGCACUGACAGAUGAUCUAAAUCCACAGCUGACACUAUCCAUCUUCUUCUCCAUCUCCGAAACCAAAACCCAAAGGACAUUGCCGCACCGCUUGAACAUGGCUUACACAUGUUUGAUAAUUUAGACUUACAUUUAGUUGUAUACAAGUAGCUACUAAUAUUUUACAUUUGGAACCAGUAAAAUGUAUGAUUAAACAAA